AUGCCGCCAAAGGGGCCGAAGGCCGCACCGAAGGCGGGGGGUGCGCGCAAAGGUCCCCCUGCCGCGAUGCUGGCGAAGCUGAAGCAACACAUGGAGAAGCAGAAGGAGGAGGAGGAGCGCAGGCUGAAGGAGGCCGAGGAGGAGGAGCGGCGGCUGCGCGAGGAGGAGCGCCUCGCGGAGGAGCAGCGGAAGUUCGAGUUGGCCCAACGCGCCCAGGAGAAGCAGCGGCGCAAGGAGGAGGAGCGCCAGAUUCGCAAGGAUGCAAAAAAAGGCGUGAAGGAUGGGGCCUUGGAGCGCAUGAUGGCGGCGGGGUUUAUCCUCCCAGACGUCGACAAGAUACGCGAGGAGCAGCGGCAGGAGCGGGAGAAGCCGAAGCGGAAGCCGGCGCCGAAACCGCAGGCGGCGGCGCCGAGGCGGGAGGAGACCGUGCCGGUGCCUCCCCCAGCAGCAGAGGCGGAGGAAGAGGAAGAGGAGGAUGCGGAUGACGGCGCUUUGACGGUGGCAACCGAGUCCGAGGAGGAGGUCGACGAGGACGACUGGGAGGCACUGAUGGAGCGCGACGACCGCCGCACCGAGCGCCACGCCGAGAACGAGCGCAUCCGUGCCGCGCGCGUUGAGCGGGCUGAGCAGCGGAAAAAAGCGCGCGAGGAACGCGCCCGCGCCCGCGCCGAGGCGGCAGCCGCAGAACGUGCAAAACAGCGCGUUCUUGAGAGUGUCGCCAGCCUUCGUUCUCCCAUCUGCUGCGUGCUUGGACACGUGGACACGGGUAAGACAAGUCUCUUGGAUCGCAUUCGCUCCACGAACGUACAGGGCGGAGAGGCGGGCGGCAUUACACAGCAAAUUGGUGCCACAUUCUUCCCACGUGAGGCUCUUGUUGGCGCAACAGCGGACAUCAACAAGAAAUACAACUACAAUUUGAAUGUGCCAGGGCUCCUGGUGAUUGAUACGCCCGGUCACGAGUCUUUUACUAACCUGCGAAGCCGCGGCAGCAGCCUGUGCGACAUCGCCAUCCUCGUGGUGGAUAUCAUGCAUGGUCUUGAGCCCCAAACGCGCGAAUCCAUUCGUCUGCUGCGCCAGAAAAAAUGCCCCUUUAUUAUUGCGCUCAACAAGGUGGAUCGGCUCUACGCCUGGAAGGCAAACGAAAACAUGGAUAUUGAACAGACGCUCGCCAUGCAGCCGGACAACGUGCGUAGCGAGUUUGAAGCACGUGUGAGUCAGGUGAAGCAAGAGAUGCAGGCAGAGGGUCUCAACUCGGAGUUGUACUACCGGAACAAAGACAUGCGAAAGGUGGUUUCUAUUGUCCCCACCUCCGCAAAGAGCGGCGAGGGCAUCUCAGACCUUCUGCUCCUGGAGAUUCAGCUUGUACAGCAGUUUAUGGAGGGCAAGGUGACGUACAAGGACGAUCUGCAGUGCACCAUCCUUGAGGUGAAGCCCAUUACGGGGUACGGUGUGACCGUGGAUGCGAUCCUUAUCAACGGUGUGCUGCACGAGGGUGACACAAUCUGCCUAUGCGGCCAAAACGGUCCUAUUUUUACGCAGAUUCGGGCUCUGCUGACACCGCAGCCGUUGAAGGAACUGCGGGUGCGAGGGGAGUACAUCCAUCACAAGGAAAUGAAGGCGGCGAUGGGGAUUAAAAUUGCCGCCAAUGAGUUGGAGUUUGUUAUCCCUGGCACCCCCUUGCUCGUUGUGCAUCCUGGCGAUGACAGGGACAAUAUUGCGCGUGAGGUCAUGAAAGAGGCCAACAAUAUCGCGGAUCAGCUAAGUUCUGACGGUAUUGGCGUGACGGUGCAGAGUUCGACGCUUGGCUCGCUGGAGGCAUUGCUGGCGUAUUUAAAGGAGAUGAAGAUUCCCGUCGCGAGUGCUUCUAUCGGUCCGCUGCACAAGCGUCACAUGGUGCAGCUGCUCUCCAUGAAGCGGAAGGCGCCGCGCUACGCGGUGGUGUUGGCCUUUGACGUUCAGGUUUCUGAAGAUGCGCGCGAGAUUGCAAAGAAGAACGACAUUGACAUUUUUGAGGCGAAAAUUAUUUACCACCUCUUUGACAUGUUCACGCGCUACGUCGCUGAAUACGAGAGCCGUGAGAAGGAGCGGGCCCGCGCCAUUGCCGUCUUCCCCGUGCAGCUCUCGAUCAUUGACGAUGCCAUUCAUAAGUCGGACCCGAUCAUUCUCCCCGUGAAGGUGGAGCGCGGGCAGCUGCACCCCGGCACUCCCCUCGCGAUCAUGCGGGGCGAGACGCCGCUGCUGCUCGGCCGAGUCAUGACAAUCGAGCGUGACAACAAGGGCAUCCCCGUCGCCCGCAUGGGGCACGAGUGCGCGGUGAAGAUUAACUCGGGCGAGACGGGCGUGGUGUACGAUCGCCAGUUCGACAAGACGGACUCGGUGUUCUCGCUCAUCACGCGGCCCUCCGUCGACGCGAUCAAGAAGUUCAAGGACGAACUCUCAGAGGACGACAUCAACCUCCUGGCGACGCUCAUAAAGGCGCUCAAGGUGCCGCCGCGGUGA